AUGGUUGGAAUGAAGGUUUUCGCCGCCGUAUCGGCGGCGCUGUCCACAUUUGUGUCGGCUUCUUUUGCCUUGGAUGUGGAGCUCAAGUCCAAUCUCGCGAUCUACUGGGGUCAAGGCUACAACCAGUCCCGGUUGAGCCAUUUCUGCCAAGAGACCUCGUUGGAUAUCAUCAACUUGGGCUUCAUCAACACCUUCCCCAAGAAAGUUGGGGAUUGGCCGGGCUCUAACUUUGGCAAUCAAUGCGAUGGAGUGGAAUAUAAAGACUCUCUUCUUCUGUCAGGAUGUCACCAGAUUUGGGAGGACAUUCCUACCUGCAAGGCUAUGGGAAAGACUGUUCUACUCUCCCUUGGUGGAGGUGGUGCCGACUUGACUGGGAAUAUGGACCAUGACACUGCCGUGUGGUUUGCGGAUUUUCUGUGGUACUCAUUCGGUCCUUAUAAUGCCUCUGCCGUCGCACAGGGUUUCCCUCGUCCGUUCCAAAACGCUACUGUCGAUGGUUUCGACUUUGAUGUCGAGACUAAUGGCGGUUACGGAUAUACUUCUAUGAUCAACCGCUUCCGCUCGCAUUAUGCUGCCUAUCCUCAACAGAAAUACUACAUUUCUGGCGCACCUCAAUGUCUUGAUCCCGAUGCCCAGCUCGACUAUGCCAUCAAGCAUGCCCCCUUUGACUUCAUUUGGGUUCAAUUCUAUAACACCGCAGCAUGCUCUGCCCUGUCCUACUGGGACGCUGUACCUGGCUUCAACUUCGACAGUUGGGUUGGUACUGUUCUGGCCAGUGCCAAUCCUUAUGCUAAGCUCUACAUUGGACUGCCUGCAGACCCUAGCAGCGAUUACUACCUCACGCAGGAUCAGGUUUCCACCCUGGUUGAGAAAUAUAUGCUCGCAUAUCCUGAUACCUUUGGUGGUAUCAUGUUGUGGGAAGCUACUACGUCUGACAACAAUAAAAACUCCUAUGGGUUGACUUAUGCUGAGCAGAUGAAGGAAGUCCUUUACUACUUUGCUCCUCCUCCUCCCCCUCCUACGCCGUCGACGACUAUUGUCACUGUGACACCAAUUCCGGGUCAUAGCUCGACUGCGUUGCCCUCUAGCUCUGCUACUUCGUGUAGCUCUGCUACUCCCUCUGGACCUUCUACUCCUUCUGGGCCUGCUACUCCUUCUGGGCCUGCUACUCCUUCUGGGCCUGCUACUCCUUCUGGGCCUGCUACUCCCUCUGGACCUGCUACUCCUUCUGGACCUGCUGCUCCUUCUGGGCCUGCUACUCCUUCUGGGCCUGCUACUCCUUCUGGGCCUGCUACUCCCUCUGGACCUACUUCUCCCUCUGGAUCUGCUGUCCCCUCAGGGUCUGCUACCCAGUCCAGCCCUGCUACUCCUUCCGGGUCUGUGAUCCCCUCCGGCUCUGUGACUCCUUCGAGCGCCGCUACUCCCUCUGGCUCUGCUGCUCCCUCUGGCUCUGCUGCUCCUUCUGGCUCUAUUGCUCCUUCCGGAUCUGUAAGCCCGUCAAGCCCUGCUACUCCCUCCGGCUCCGUGAUCCCCUCCGGAUCCGUGACUCCUUCUAGCGCCGCUACUCCCUCUGGCUCUGUUGCUCCCUCUGGCUCUGCUGCUCCCUCUGGCUCUGCUGCUCCCUCUGGCUCUGCUGCUCCCUCUGGCUCUGCUGCUCCCUCUGGCUCUGCUGCUCCCUCUGGCUCUGCUGCUCCCUCUGGCUCUGCUGCUCCCUCUGGCUCUGCUGCUCCCUCUGGCUCUGCUGCUCCCUCUGGCUCUGCUGCUCCCUCUGGCUCUGCUGCUCCCUCUGGCUCUGCUACCCACUCUAGCUCCGUGGCCCACUCUAGCAAGCCAAUCUUUAGCCCGACUGCUUCCCCCAGCCCCAUUGUGUCUCACUCAACCCAGUCAGGCUCCAAGCAUUCUUCCACUGCAAUCCCCGUUUCGGUUCCAACCUCCUCCCCGUCUGUUGGACCGUCUGGCUCCGCUGCUCCUUCUGAACAUGCGAGCUCGUCUGUGAAGCCUUCAGAUUCUGGAAGUGCGUCUCUGCCUGUGACCACUGUCACCGUGGGCCCCUCUUCGGGUCUCCCUAGCUCUGGUGCCUCUAGUGCUUCUUCUGGUGCUACUCAGUCUAGCUCUGGUGUUUCUGGUGCUUCUUCAAGUGCUGGUGCCUCCGCUGGUGCUACUCAGUCUAGCUCUGGUGCCCCUGGUGCCUCCUCUGGCGCGUUCACUUCCAGCGUUAGUGCCUCUGGUUCUUCCGCUGGUGCCUCUAGUGCUCCUCCCCAGGUCACUACCUCCACAAUCUUGAUCACUCGGACAAGCACCGUCACUGAGUGCCCCGCCACUGUUACCAACUGCCCGGCCCGUGAUCGCACUACUUACUUGACUACCGAGACUGCCGUUGUUGGAACCACAGUCUUCACUAUUACUGAAGGUGCCCAGCCUACUGCGACUGGAUCUCCGUCAGGCCAGAGCGAGGGCAGUGGUAAUGGCUCCACUGAGCAAAUGACCACCUCUACUGCUUUCAUUACACGCACCUCAACAGUUACCGCUUGUCCCUCCUCCGUGAAGGAUUGCCCCGCAACUGAAAAAUCCACCUAUGUCACUACCGAGACGAUUGUAGACUACACCACUAUCUGCCCGGUGACUGCUGCUGAAGCCACUCAAACUACAAGCUCGAGUGCUUCAUCCUACACCGGAGCCAGCACUACUGGAUCUACCGGAGCCGGUGUGCCUCAACCAAGUGGUGCUGGUGCCAUCACUGCCUCUCCUUCAGUGACCGCGGCUCCAACUUCUUCCCCAGAGACGAUCACAACUGUCAUUGUUACUUCGUACACGGAUAUCUGUCCUACUGGUUUCACUACCAUCUGGACCACAAUCACCACAUAUGUUUGCCCUGAAACUGCAGCCACCGCUACCGCCACCAACCCUCCGUCAGGGGCUGCUACCACUACUGCUACCGUUCCUGAGGGCUGGCACACCACUGUGACUGUCUGCACUCACUGUGCCGCGACUCCCACAACUGUGACUCUGACUUUGCCCAACCCCACCGAGACUGCUUCCACUGAGACAACUUCGAUCUCGGGUGUCUCUGCUGGACAGAGUAAGGGAUCUAGCCCUAGCGGCGCGUCAUACACUGUCCCUACUGCUGUCGGUGCCGUUGAGACAACCACUUCAGUGUCAGGCUCAGGCGCCUCCGCUGGUCAAGGACAAGGUCAGGGAUCCAGCGCAAGUGGUAUGCCUCGGCCUCCGGUCAGUGGGUCCGUUGGUGUAGUUCCUGGCCACUCGGUCUCCACAGCUCUGACCUCGGGGGUUGCGGCUCUUCGUACCUCCAGUCAGACUCCGUCUUUUGUCUUCCAUCCCGCAACCACCAGCACUGUCUCCGGUAGCUCGGCAACCGGUAGUGUCGCACCUCAAAGUGCUGCCCCGGCGUAUAAUGCCGCUGGUUCGCGCUCGGAUAUGUUUAAUUUCUUCGGCGUGGCCUUAGCCGUCGUCUUGUCCGCGAUUCUGAUGUAG